GAACUGCUUUAAGAUCGCUAUACGUAUGAGAAAUGUAUAAACAGUUUUUACAAGACAUGCUGCCCGUGUCAACAGAGGACCUGCGGAGGGGUGUUGGAGAGGGAUUAGGCGUCGACGCAAGCAGCACAUCCCAUUUACACCAACUGUAGCUCUGCCCCACUGAGCGCGCGCACACUGACUGUUUGAGUGAGUCCAGCAGAGAAAGAGAGGAGAGAACAAGAGACAGGAUGGCAUCUCUCGGGCUCAAGGCGAUUGUCGGAGAAAAGAUUAUGAAUGAUGUCAUUAAGAAGGUGAAGAAGAAGGGAGAAUGGAAGGUUUUGGUGGUGGACAAGCUCAGCAUGAGAAUGGUUUCAUCUUGUUGUAAAAUGACAGACAUUAUGUCUGAGGGAAUCACAAUUGUUGAGGACAUAACCAAGCGACGUGAGCCUCUUCCUACCAUGGAAGCCAUAUAUCUCCUCACCCCAUCUGAUGAGUCAGUUGAGGGACUCAUCAAUGACUUCAGAGAUCCCCGUAAUCCCAUAUACAGAGGGGCACAUGUGUUCUUCACAGAUGCAAUCCCAGACUCUUUGUUCAACCUGAUAAGCAAAUCCCGUGCCUCAAAAGCUAUGAAGACACUGACUGAGAUCAACAUCGCCUUUCUGCCCUACGAAUCACAGGUGUACUCAGUGGACAAAGCAGAUGCCUUCCAAGAUUUCUACAGCCCAUUUAAAGCUGAUGUGAAGAACCAGGUGUUGGAGCGUUUAGCCGAGCAGAUAGCCACCCUCUGCACCACACUAAAAGAGUACCCAGCUGUUAGAUACAGAGGAGAAUACAAAGACAAUGCAGUCCUGGCCCAGAUGCUUCAGGAUAAACUGGAUGGUUACAAAGCGGAUGACCCCACUUUGGGAGAGGGACCUGAUAAGGCACGUUCACAGUUAUUAAUUCUGGAUCGAGGUUUUGACCCUGUCUCACCUCUUCUACACGAACUCACAUUUCAGGCCAUGGCCUAUGACCUGCUGCCCAUUGAGAAUGAUGUCUACAAGUAUGAGACCAGUGGAAUGGGUGACACUCGUAUGAAAGAGGUACUGCUGGAUGAAGAUGAUGACCUUUGGAUGACUCUGAGACAUAAACACAUAGCAGAAGUGUCCACGGCUGUGACUAAAUCGCUCAAGGACUUCUCAGCAAGCAAAAAGAUGAACACAGGAGAGAAGACUACCAUGAAAGAGCUCUCCCAAAUGCUUAAAAAGAUGCCCCAGUACCAGAAGGAGUUAAGCAAGUAUUCCACUCACCUGCACUUAGCAGAAGACUGUAUGAAGCAUUACCAGGGCACAGUGGACAAACUCUGCCGUGUCGAGCAGGAUCUUGCCAUGGGCACAGAUGCAGAGGGUGAGAAGAUCAAAGACCCCAUGAGAGCUAUUGUGCCCAUCCUUCUGGAUACCAACAUCACCAUCAUGGACAAAAUUCGCAUCAUCCUGCUGUACAUCUUCCUCAAAAACGGUGUGUCAGAGGAGAACCUCUGUAAGCUCCUCCAGCAUGCACAGAUCCCUCCAGAGGACAGUGACAUCAUCUCUAAUAUGGCCCAUAUGGGGGUUCCCAUCAUCUCAGAGCAAACAACCACACGCAAAGUGAAGAAAGCUGACCGCAAGGAAAGAAUCAGUGAGCAAACGUAUCAGCUCUCCAGAUGGACUCCUCUGGUCAAAGACAUCAUGGAGGACGCAAUUGAAGACAAACUGGACCCAAAACAAUACCCUUACAUCUCCACACGCACAGCUCCUUCCAAAACGACCACAGCGACCAGUGCCCGUUAUGGGAACUGGCACAAGAACAAGAGCCCAGGAGAGAUCCGGAACGGCCCACGGAUCAUCGUCUUCAUCAUUGGGGGUGUGACCUACAGCGAGAUGCGCUGCGUAUAUGAGGUCACACAGGCCAAUGGCAAAUGGGAAGCUCUUAUUGGUUCCACCCACACCAUCACUCCUGUUAGAUACCUGAAGCAUCUGCAGCACCCAGACUUCCUGGACCCCAAUGCGGCCCCUGAGGACCAACUUCCUGUUGAAGAUAAGUGAUGUAGACAAGAAAAAGAAUCUGGUGACAUCAUUGCCUGGCCUCACCAUUCUACUGUCCUCAGUGACAUCAUCAAAUCAGACGAGUGUUAAGACAAAGCAUCUUCCUUACCUCACAAGCCCAUACAAUACACUUAGAAUUUCAGGCACUCUGUCACCCUCCAGCACAUCUAAUGUCAGCAAUAGGCUAUAGUGAAGUAUUUAUGUCAUGCUAAAUACAGUAGCCUCUGUUACCUUCACAUGAGCCUCAGAUAAUAACCGUUUUUGCUGGGUAUAUGAAAAUACAUAGACAGUAAUGUGUGUGCUUUAAAAAUUAGACAGAAUUCUGGUAGUUAGUUCUGCGUAUGUGCUAAAGCUUAGGAAUUAUUCAGGUGUCAUUCUGCUUUGUUGGUAAUUUGGAACCGUAGUGUGUAGCUUACGGGUAGAUAAACAAAAACAAAAGAUUAUUUGAAUCAUUUCAA